CAGCUGGUUGUGUGGUGUGUGGUGAAGGAUUAACUAUCAUCUAGUUCUCUGAAGUGGAAACGUGGAAGUUCAUUCUCAAAAUCGCAUUUCAACUAGCCAAAACAAGGAUUCAUUCAUUUGGUGGAGGAUGGUGUCACUUUCAAAUAAUGGUUUAUCCAAUGAAUGCAUGAAGAAGCGGCCAUCAGAAAAUGGUUGUCACACCUUGCAUUUUGGCGUUACUCCAAAACAUAAAGUUCGAAAAGUCUGGGCUGUGCGUGAUUUCCCCUCAGGUUGUGGUAGAAAUGCUCCAAAAAUUGACUUGAGCCACAAGGAAAAUGCUGUGGUCACCAUCAGUGAAAAUACUGCAGAUAACAGUUCCCCCUUGCCAAGAAUAAGUACUGCCAAAGAAGAGUCUUCGCUGUUCGUGACUUCCCUCCAUUUUGUGGAAGAAAUGCUCCUAUGCCAACUGAACAAGAUCGCUUGGGUGGUACUGAAGCAAGCAAGAGAGUGGUUGUGCUCCAUAAGGAAGUUACAGAAAAUGAAUCGAUUCAGACGUCGAAAAAUGUUAUGGGUACUGGGACAUCGCACAUGAAGUUGACUGCAAGUCAAGAAGCUGAUUCUUUGAGUAAGAUAGAGGUUACUGGUUCCAAAUGUAGCUUAAUGGAACGAACAACAGUUUGCAUUGAAAAUCCCAAAGAUGUCCAUGACAGUUAUAUUUGGAGGAGCCAACUUGAAAGAACUAUUAUUUUGCCAGAGACAGUGACGAAAAAGGAGAAUGAUGAUGCAGAAAAAAUUGUGGGGAAGGAGAAGAUCGUACAUUCACAGAAUGAGUGUGAAAAGGCUACUACUGCAAGGUAUGCUCUUGGUUCUGUAAAUGAAAAUAUUAGGCCAAUUGUGCAUGGUCUGAUGGCAGAGCCAUACUGUCCCUGGAAGCAGAUGAAUCAAACUAGUUUAGAUGGUGUGACGAGGAGAAACCAAGUUCAAAAGCCUAACAUGCAUCGGCAGAAGAAAUCCUUAGCUGUUGCCAGAAAAAGUAUUCCUAAAACAAAAUUUUCACGGAGACAAUUUGGCAGGACUAAAUCAGGUUUCAUUGGUGAAGCUGCGGAAGGAUAUUCAAAUGCACUGGUUGCCCUCAACGGUAGAGCUCGUGGUUUGAAUAGGGAGGCACUACCUGAAGAAUCUCCAAUUGGACGGGGGCACCGUGAAUUUAAUGUGAAUCUGCCACCUUUUGGUUCCAGCAGCAAUGAUGCUCGUAGUAAAGUCAGAGAGACUCUUCGUCUGUUUCAGUCUAUUUGUAGAAAAAUCUUGCAAGGGGAAGAAUUCAAUGUAGAAGUAAAACCUAAGCAAAAAGAUAAAAAGAACAGGAGGAUUGAUAUUCAAGCAUCGAAUUUUAUCAAAGAAAAAGGGAAGAAAGUUAAUACAGGACCCCGGAUACUGGGAAAAGUUCCGGGAGUUGAAGUAGGAGAUGCGUUCCAAUACAGGGUUGAACUUGUUCUUGUGGGAGUUCAUCGCUUAUAUCAAGCCGGUAUUGAUUUCCUGAACAAUGGAGGAAUGCUGGUUGCAACUAGCAUUGUUGCUUCAGGGGGCUAUGACGAUGAUUUGGGAGAUGCUGAUGAGCUGAUUUAUUCUGGGCAAGGUGGAAAUUUGACUGGCAAGGACAAAACCCCCGAAGACCAGAAACUUGUGAAAGGUAAUUUAGCCUUGAAGAAUAGUAUAGCUACAAGGAAUCCUGUUCGGGUGAUUCGUGGAUCUAAGGCCGAAUCCACAGAUGGAAGAGCUAAUUUGGUGACAACUUAUGUGUACGAUGGCUUGUACACUGUUCAAAAUUAUUGGACAGAACGAGGGCCACAUGGUAAGCUGGUCUUUAUGUUUAAGUUGGUGAGAAUUCCCGGACAACCAGCGCUUACUUGGAGAGAAGUAAAGUCAUCAAGAAAGUCCAAAGUGCGGCAUGGUGUUUGUGUUCCUGAUAUUACAGAAGGAAAGGAGUCAUUGCCAAUAACUGCUGUGAACACAAUCGAUGGUGAGAAACCCCCACCAUUCAAUUACAUCAAGAAGAUGAUAUAUCCGGAUGGUUUCCACCCUGCUCCACCUAAAGGCUGCGAUUGUAUUGGUAGAUGUUCUGAUGCCAAGAGGUGCUCAUGUGCAGUUAAAAAUGGAGGCGAGAUCCCAUACAACCGCAAUGGGGCUAUUGUUGAAGUUAAGCCUCUUGUGUAUGAGUGUGGUCCUUCAUGUACGUGCCCUCCUUCGUGCUAUAAUAGAGUGAGCCAACGUGGUAUUAAAAUUCCGCUGGAGAUCUUCAAGACGGAUAAAAGGGGCUGGGGUGUGAGAGCUGUAACUUCUAUCUCUUCAGGAACCUUUAUCUGUGAGUAUGCAGGAGAUAUUCUUGAGGACAGAGAAGCCGAACAAAGAAUUGGUAGUGAUGAAUAUCUUUUUGAUAUUGGAAAGAACUAUAGUGAUUGUACUGCUAACUCUUCUGGACAAGCAGACCUAACUGAGUUAGCAGAUGAGGGUGGUUAUACCAUUGAUGCAGCACACUAUGGAAAUGUUGGACGAUUUAUCAAUCACAGUUGUUCACCCAACUUGUAUGCACAGAAUGUUGUUUAUGAUCAUGAAGAUAAGAAAAUGCCCCAUAUCAUGCUAUUUGCGGCAGAUAAUAUUCCUCCCUUGAAGGAGCUUUCUUACCAUUACAACUAUGUUGUGGAUCAGGUUUAUGACUCUGAUGGCAAGAUCAAGGUGAAGAGGUGCUUUUGUGGAUCUUCAGACUGUACUGGUAGGAUGUACUAGGAUUUGUAAAGUUUCGUUACUGUAGUUGAAUGGAAGAAUUACUCAUAUAUCAUUGUCUUUUUUUCCCUCUGCAAUAGUAUUUCUUCUUGUUUAGUCUGAGAUGCUAUGUUGUUAUUAUGUGCAUGCCGGUUGUUCAUGGAAACAUUAAGCUUGUAUAGGCUAACUACUCUUAUGUAAUGGAGCUACAACUCUCUUCUGUACUUACUGCAUCUUGUUGAUUCCGUCAAUGAAACUUCUUACUUCAUCAGAAGAAGCUUGUAUAGGCUGACUAGUGUGAUCCCAGUCGGAACCAGACUUUUUGUAUGAUCUUUUAGACGCUUUUUGAAUCGGUUAGUUUGCUUUCUCAUCUCCUAAUUACAUGAAUCAGGUUUCACUUUCCUCUUUUCAGUUGCCAAGAG